CUCUGAUGCUGUACUCACUGCUCAGCCGGGCUGCUAAGAUGUUAUCUUAUUUGGCCUUAUAUUAGGUUUCCGUUCACGCCGACAGUCACUUCCUUGUUUGAUGGCUGAAGUUUGACGAAUAUCCUUCGCUUUUACCGAGUUUCUGCUUCCCCGGGGAUGACGCUAACAGCCGAGCAGCUGUAGGUGAUGAUAUUGUUGGUGUUGCGGUUAGCAGCUCAUUAGCUUCAUCUUUUUAUCCGCGGCUAAUGGUGAAGAAGAGCAGCGCGGUGUGCUAUUCACCGGCUUAGCGCGACUUUCCUGGACUUGGUUUAUAUCGUUCAGGGGGACAAACGCGUUCAGGACACCGGGCUGCUGGAGUGAAAGACUUUUAAUACGAAGGAAAAUCAAGCCGAGCUGAUCGAGCAGCAGCAGCAGCAGCAGUUAGCCGGCUAGCUGCCUGUGCUGAGCGGAGGAGACACGGCUUCUUAGGAGAAACGACAGCCUGUGAUGGCCAACGAGCCGGUUAUUCUCAACGUGUAUGACAUGUACUGGAUCAAUGAGUUCACUACCUCUCUGGGUAUCGGAGUCUUUCACUCAGGGAUUGAGGUUUACGGCAGAGAAUUUGCUUAUGGAGGACAUCCGUAUCCAUUUUCUGGUAUAUUUGAGAUAACGCCUGGUGAUGCCACAGAGCUUGGGGAGACCUUUAAAUUUAAAGAGGCAAUCGUUCUUGGAAGUACAGACUUCACAGAGGAGGAUAUAGAGCGGAUUAUGGAGGAGCUAGGAAAAGAGUACAAGGGGAACGCGUACCACCUCAUGCACAAGAACUGCAAUCACUUUUCCUCAGCACUGUCCGAGAUCCUGUGCGGUCGUGAGAUUCCACGCUGGGUGAACAGACUGGCCUACUUCAGCUCAUGUGUGCCCUUCCUACAGAGCUGUCUGCCUAAAGAGUGGCUGACUCCAGCAGCACUGCAGUCCAGCGUGAGUCAGGAGCUGGAGGAAGCGGAGGACGCUGCCGCCUCUGCCUCAGCCUCCACACCUCGUCCCAGCCGACAUCAGCCACGCCGAUAGGCCCCGGUGCCGUGACUGACAGGCCUCAGAGACUGCCUCAAAGCUCCUGCUGCCAACCCUUCCAGCGACAGACCUGCAAUCCACCAGCAGCAUAGUGAAGCCCUGUCCGAUCAGUGAUUGGCUCUGACGGAACCACUGAGGGCCUUGCACUAUUGGUUCUAUUUAUUUUUUUUUAUUUUAUUUUGUCAAGGACCCUGAGGAUAUUCUGCCUGAUUUACUGAACAACACUCAGAGUUGGUUUUAUCAGUGUUUUUAAAGCAUUUUAAUACUUUUUGACUCUCUCUUGUUUUGGAAACUCAGGACAGAGACAUUUUUCCAUACAGAUUUUCCUAACUCACCGGAAGGCUUUUUGGUUCUUUUAAUAUUAAUUUGAUGCUGUUGGCAAAGCUGGAAUUUCUCACUCCUCGUUCUUUCCUCUAUCACCUCAGUGCAUCUUUUUUUUUUUUUUUUUUUUUUUUAAAGGAAGCUUUUGAUUACAAAAAGUAGUGUUUUUUGUCCAUGUAUUUUAUAGGUGGUUCUUACAGCGAAGCUGACACCUGGGCCAAAAUUACUCCACUUUUGUACUGACACCUAUCCCAUGUCUCCCCACCUUGGUGAUUGUGCCUAAAGAUUUUUACUGUUACUUGCUCAGAGAGCUCUGCACUCUUUUUCUCUACGGUUUACCCGUCAGUCUGCUUUGAGUAGCAGAUGCCUUCGUACCUUGCAAAACCUACUUCAGAUGUUUUACACCUUUUAGGUUUUUAGAGUCUUCUAUGUAUUGGAGAAGCUGUUUGUAUUCCAUUUUAUGAUUAUUAAAGAGAACAACUUUUUGGUUCCGAAAAACAAUUGACUUGUUCUGACGAAUGCAGGGUUUUUGUUUGUUUUUAAAUGAAAACUGUAUGGUGUGCAUUGCUGACUGGAGUAGUUCAAUGGGUUUCUUUUUCGAUCUACACGAAUGUUAAACCACACUCGCAACCUGCCAUACGUGCUACUACGGGCGGUCUACGGUAAAAAAUUUGGCGAAACUGUGCUUGAGACUUGCACAACGCCUUGCGUGUUCAGCGCCGUACAGUAGAAGGUCGCAGACUGGCCGUGGAGACUUUCGGUUCUGCACGUGCAAAUUCUACGGGUCUUGCGAAAAAUCAGGACACUUGCACUACGUACGGAACCUGUACUCCUUUUUGUAUGCCUGAACCAAGUCAGCAGCACGGCUAGUAGGGGCUUUUUGCAAUGACCGUGUGACACACGGUCAUUGCACGAGUGAUGUGCCUCAGAAGUACUACACAAGUACUCCACACUUGCUAUUCCUGUGGCCCCCAAGACAGAAGUACAUCUCACUUUCUACCCCUAUGUGUGGCGUGCACGUGACACGAGGGGCAAGACUCUGGGUGAUCUUUAAUAUUGGGGAAGGAACCGAUUCUGUAGAAGGGAAGAAGACGGCGGUCAUACCACUGCAAUGACUGAAGGCGUUGGACCCUUAUAGGCAGAUGAUAGAAGCUGAGGAGCAGCAUGAAGCGAUGUUGGCUUUGCUAAUACAGGAACACCGAUGUCCGAACAUGAGGCGGUGGCCUCUGUCCCAUCUUUUCCCAAUCACUUCCUCUCUCUCAUCCUCUGCUGAAUGCAACAUGUACUUGACAAGUACUUUUGCCCAUACUCCUCUCCCAAACUUUUCCCCUGGGUUCACCACGACCCUGCGGCACAGCUGCGAGCUACCAAACCCUGCGACCCAUGUGUGUCCAAAACACUUAUGGUGGGUUGUGAGUGUGGCAUUACCAAAAACCAAAGAAAAACUUUCAAAUAGCAAACAUCUAGGCUGCUUUAUCAGAGUAGUAUGUCAGAUUACUUUAGCUUUGACAUAUCAAAACGUAAACUUGUUAAUCAAAUGCUGAAAUGUAACACUUUGUGAUGAGGGACCCAAAAAAUAAAUGUUUUUACAGUGUGAAAGGUUGAAAAUGCUCUGAAGAAAGGAAUGUGAUUUCUCAAAUACUGUGAGCAGCGUUGAAUACAGAAGAAUAGUGGGAAUGUGAAUGGAAGGAGAAAAUUGAUGGAGAAACGGAGCAGCAGUAGCAAUCAGUGUUGCCUACACAGCCCUGGCUGAAUGUUUAACUUUUCAUCAAGUG